GACGACACGAUAUGAUGACACUGACAGAUUGAGGGGGACGAUAAAUUUGCCAAUGUAAUGUUAACACAAUAGUAGUUUAAAAUAUAACGUGUAAAUCUAUAAUCAGUACAAAAUGUUACCAAUAAAAUAUGAUUUCUUUAUUUUCAUUAUUUACUUAAUUCAUAAUGUUCAUUAUAUACAUGCUUCUACCCAAAAAUUCGUAACUUGCGGUUCGGUGCUAAAACUUUUAAACACAGAUUAUAGAGUACGGCUUCAUUCACACGAUGUGAAAUAUGGUUCUGGUAGUGGACAACAAUCAGUUACAGCAACUGAAGUACAAGAGGAUAUAAACAGCCACUGGUUAGUAAAACCUGCUAGUGGAAAAUCUUUAGAAAGGGGGCAUCCAAUUAAGUGUGGAUCUACGAUAAGGUUAGAACACGUAGAAACCAAAAAAAAUUUACAUUCACAUCACUUUACGAGUCCCUUGAGUGGUAACCAAGAAAUCAGUUGUUAUGGAGAUGAUGGAGAAGGAGACACCGGUGAUAAUUGGAUAGUUAUUUGUUCAGGUGAGAAUUGGCGAAGAGACGACAGUGUAAUGUUUAAACAUGUCGAUACGGAGGCUUAUUUGUCUGUAUCAGGAAAAGUCUUUGGAAGGCCGAUAAAUGGUCAGAUGGAAGUAGUUGGAGUAAGGUCGUCUUCGGGGCCAGUCCAUUGGCAAACUGUAGAAGGGGUGUUUUUACACGCCCCUGAUGUGACUGCUAAACAUAUGCACACAGAACUUUGAAACUAAAGUUGAUAUAGAUUAAUUUGUAAAUUUUUUAAUUUAUUUAUAGUUUCGUUAAAGUCUGAGGCU